CUGGCCAAGGUCUUUUUCUAAUAUAUUACUCAGAGAGGAUGCCUACUAUAUCUUUUUUUCAUAUACUCAUAUAUAUGUUUUUAUGUUUUUUUCUCAUCGUAUAUUAUUGCAGUGAUCAGUUGCUUCUUUCCAACAAUUGAAAGGUCAUAAUCGCAAAGGCAAACGUGAAUACAAAAGAUAUGGCUCAUGCAAGUGUGGCUUCUCUUAUGAGAACAAUAGAAUCUCUCUUGACAUUCAAUUCACCAAUGCAAUCUCUAAUCUGUGAUCACAGAGAAGAAUUUUGCGCUCUGCAUGAAAAAGUUAGUUCCCAGGAAGUAUUUAUCAAGAACUUUGAGAAGAACAAUGUUUUUGGAGAAAUGACGGAUUUUGAAGUAGAGGUAAAAGAAGUUGCAAGUGCUGUUGAAUACAAAAUUCAACUGAUGAGACUAGCAGAAGCUGUACUGGGAGAAAAUAAAAGCCAGCAAAAAAAAAAGAGGAAUUAUUGGCUCAAUAUUUUUCAAAGGAAUCUCGAAUAUAUGGACAAGCUGAAAGUUCCGUAAAAGCCUUCAACAAAAGUUCCGUAAAAUCCUUCAACAAUUAGCAAAGGACAUUGAUCAUGUCUGGAAAGAGUCAACAAAGAUUCAAGAUAAAGGCAAACAAGUAUCAAAGGAAUUGGUUCAUGAUUUUUCAAGUUCAACAAACGAUAUUCUGAAUGUUAACAAUAAUAUGGUUGGACAUGAUGAUCAAAGGGAACGGUUGUUAAAUGAUCUGACAACAGGCUACUCUGGUGAACCCAAAGUCAUCCCGAUUGUCGGGAUGGGAGGCAUAGGUAAAACAACCUUAGUGAACGAAGUUUACAAUGAUGUGUGCAUUCGUUCUCAUUUUGAUGUUUGUGCCUGGGCUACUAUUUCUCAACAACACAACAUAAAGGAAAUCUUGUUGAGCCUUUUGCGUUCAACAAAGGAUGACAAAGUUUUCACGGGCAGUGAGGCAGAGCUAGCAGACAUGCUUCAAAAGAGUUUGAAGGGUAAGAGAUAUUUAAUUGUAUUGGACAACAUGUGGAAAAGUGAAGCAUGGGAUGCCGUGAGACUAUGUUUUCCAUGUGAAAACAAGCGGAGUCGAAUACUGUUGACGACCCGUAACACUGAAGUAGCUCGCUGUGCUGGUACAGAGAAUCUUUCUUUGCAGAUGGGCUUCAUAGGUCCGGAUGAGAGUUGGAACCUUUUUAAAAGUGUUGCAUUUGCAAAUGAAGCAUUACCAUCUGAGUUCGAGACUAUUGGGCAGCAAAUUGCAGAGGAAUGUCACGGGUUACCACUAACUAUUGCCGUGGUUGCUGGGCUUCUCAGGUCUAAAAGGGCAAUAGAAGACUGGGAAAAUGUUGCUAAAGAUGUCAAGUCAGUUGUUACAAAUGAUGCUGAUGAACGAUGUUCACGUGUGCUUAGGUUGAGUUACAAUCACUUGACUAGCGAUCUAAAGACUUAUCUUCUGCAUUUCGGAAUUUUUCCUGAAGACAGUGAGAUACCAGCGAAAAAUUUGAUGAGAUCAUGGAUGGCCGAGGGGUUCCUGAAGUUGGAAAAUGAUUUGGAAGGAGAGGCUGACCAGUGUUUGCAAGAGCUUGUCAAUAGAUGUCUAGUCCUCGUCUGCAAGAAAAGUCUAGAUGGAACAAAAAUUAGAUCAUGUACAAAAAUUAGAUCAUGUAAGGUUCAUGAUCUAAUAUUUGACCUGUGCUUGAGAGAAGUUCAAAGGGGAAACAUUUUUAUCAUGAACGACAUUGUGCUUGAUUACUCUCCAUGUUUCAAUAUGCAAAAAAUGCAGCCCUUUAAACGCGUGACUGGCGAUAAAAUUUAUUAUUGUCGCUAUGGUCUUUAUAGGGCUCUUCUUACCCCUGUACAUCAUCAGUUGAGAGAUCAUGACAACAAUGAUCUUUUGAAACAAACCCGUUCUAUUUUCUCUUUUCUUCUUGAAGAUUCAUAUCGUUUUCUCAAAUCAGAGCUUAUUCAUUUCAAUUUACUCAAAGUCUUGGAGUUGAGGCACAUAAUGAUUGAUCAUUUCCCUGUAGAGAUACUAAGCCUCAUCUGGUUGAGGUACCUAUCAUUGCUCUGCCAUGAGAAUUUAGUCAUACCUCCAGAAAUUUGCAGAUUAUGGAAUCUGCAGACAUUAAUUGUUAAAGGGAAUCUUGAAUCAUCUGUAGACAUUAAAUGUCCAGUGCAAAUUUGGGGACUAAUGCAAUUAAGGCAUCUCAAACUGCCCACAUUUUAUUUGCCAGAUUGCCCAAGUGGAUCUGUUGACAAAGGGAGGCACUUGGAUUUUUCAAACUUACAAACUAUUUCUUACUUGUCUUCACGUUGUUGCACGAAGGAUGUUAUUUUGGGGAUUCAAAAUGUUAAAAAAUUAGGAAUUAGACAAGAUGUGACUGACUAUGGAUGUUAUCGGGACUCUGGGCCUCUCAACAAUCUUAUCCAUCUGCAUCAACUUGAAACAUUGAGUUUUACAUCAUGUUAUAGUGAAACUUUUCCAGCAAUGCUCAAGAAGCUGAAGUUGGAAAGAACUUUGAUAAGUUGGUCAUACUUGGACAUCAUAGCUGAAUUGCCUAACCUUGAGGUGCUGAAGCUGAUGGGUGGUGCUUAUUGUGGCGAAGAAUGGCAUCCAAAUGUCAGGGGAUUUACUCGAUUGAAGCUUUUAUUAAUUGAAGAUAAUCUUCUCAAUUACUGGAAAGCCACAAAUGACAAUUUUCCUGUCCUUGAGCGCCUCGUUCUUAAAGAAUGCCAUAAUUUGAAAGAGAUACCCAUUGAGUUUGCAGAAAUCCCCACACUAUUACAACUGAUUGAGUUAACAAGGUGUCUUCCCGAACUUGGGAAAUCUGCUGCAAGAAUUCAACAAGAACAAGAAGAUCUCGGAAACGAUCCCGUGGAUGUUCGCAUCUCCUAUCCAUUGGUACGAUCACAUCAUAAUGAUGAUGAUGAUGAAGAAGAAGAAGAAGAUUCAGAUGUUGAUGUUGCAGAAGAUGAUGAUGAUUCAGAUGUUGAUGUUGCAGAAGAUGAUGAUGAUUCAGAUGUUGAUGUUGCAGAAGAUGGUGAUUCUGAUGCUGCAAAACAUGAUGAUAAUUACGAUCUUAAUUGGUUGUUCGAUGUUCAGAAUAACCUGUAAUGAAAAGGGAAACAUGGGAUUAACAAUUUGAUACUGUUAUAUAGACUGCUGAUGCUAGUUCAUCACCCUUUGUUUUUCAUAAAUGUAAAUGUAUUACGUUCUUCGGUUUUAUAGAAACUAAUUAUUUUUUAAAAAAAUACAUAUAAUGUUGUCAAAAAGAUAUAAAAAAAAAAAAAUUUGAAUAAUCAUCUUUUU